AGAAAUAAGAUUUGAAUUCUCUCGUGUAAAAAGUGAAAAUUUGCAAAUGUUGGAAAUAAUCGUUUUUAAUCAGGAAGAAAAGUGAAGCGAAAAUUUAUUCCUUAUAUCAAACAAGUUGAACUGUUGGUCAAAAGAGAACCAACAGUUAUAAACUCGCUCUCGUGUAGUAAUGAUCAAAGACGAAUAAUUUUUAUUGAUCAUUAAAUCAACAAUUUUUUGGUCAAAUUGUGUUUUAUUAAAUUUUAUAUUUUUAAAUGUUGUUUAAAAAGUUUCAUCACAUUGUAAAUAUUUAUUUCUUUAGUAUUUAAAAUAAAAUUUCUAUUUUUGUCUUCAAUUAUAUAUUUUAUACUAUCUUUUAUUUUCUCGCCCGAUAAGACACAAUGGAGUUAACAGUUCGUCUAGCAAUGAUAAUAUUAAAAUUAAUAACAAAAAUAUUACAGCCCAUUUAUUGGUUUGUCAAUAGUCAUCGACCGAAACAACUGCCAGCUAUUAAGAAUCCAUUAUUAUUACUCAGUGCCAAGGAAUUAGCAAAAAAAAUUCGAAAUCGAGAGAUUUCAAGUGAGGCUGUGGUGAAAGCUUAUAUUGAACGUAUAAUUGCUGUGAAUCCACAAAUAAAUGCUGUCAUUGAAAAUCGAUUUAAUGAAGCAACAAAGGAGGCAAAAAUUUGUGACAAUAAUUUGGAUUCUGGAGUGGUGAAUAUUCACACAUUGGAGAGAGAGCAACCACUUUAUGGUGUACCAUUCUCUGUUAAAGAAGCCUGUGCACUCAAAGGUUGCAGUUUCACGGCAUGCACACUUUCUCGUAAAGACGAGAAAGCACCUGAAGACGGUGAAGCAGUAAAAUUAAUGAAAUUAGCGGGUGCAAUUCCAUUAUGCGUGACAAAUACUCCAGAAAUGUGUUCUGGAUUUGAUUCAUCGAAUCUCAUUCAUGGCUCGACAAACAAUCCCUAUGAUACUAGACGAAUAGCUGGCGGUUCUUCCGGCGGUGAGGGUGCAUUAGGAGGAGCUGGUGCAACUCCCCUAGGAAUCGGUUCGGACAUUGCCGGUUCAAUAAGAGUUCCCUGUUUAUUUAAUGGACUUUUCGGUCACAAAGCUACCUCCGGCGCUGUUUCUAUUAGAGGUCAUUAUCCAAUGUCGCCGUCUCCAAUUUUUCAAAAUUACUUAUCAACUGGUCCAAUGACAAGAUACAGUGAAGAUCUUCUAAUUGCUAUGAAAAUAUUGAGUAAAAAUUACAAGGAAAAUUUACGAUUAGACGAUCCAGUUGAUAUUAAUAAAUUGAAAUUAUUUUACAUGGAAAAAUUUCCCAAUAGUCCCGGUGAAAUACCAGUUACUCACGAUAUAAGAAAUUCAAUUAAAAAAGCUGUUAAUUUCCUUAAAAAACGUGUUGCAAGUGUCGAUAGUCCAAAUAUGAAUGAAUUAAAAGACGUUUACGAAAUUUCGACAGCUAUGUUUUUUUGCAUGGCUGAUAUACCGAGAAUUUUAUUAAAUCCAGAUGAUCCAAAAAAUGAAAAAAAUCCUUUUAUUGAAUUGGGAAAAGCACUUUUUGGAUUUUCGCAACAUACAAAAAAUGCAAUUUUGAUGGGUAUUUUUAAAGACACUAAAGGCUUUCUUUAUGAAUCUAGAUUGGAUUAUUAUCGAGAAAGAGCUGCUAAAUUACAAACUGCUUUUGAGAAUAUGCUUGGUACGAAUGGAGUUUUGAUAGUUCCAACUUAUCCAUCGCCAGCUUUACUUCGCAAUCAGUCAUUUUUGUAUACUCCCGGAGGAAGUUAUUGCAUUUUGUUUAAUAUUUUCGGAUUUCCUUCGACACAAGUUCCAAUGGGUCUGAAUGAACAAGGACUUCCAAUUGGUUUUCAACUAAUUGCGAAUAAAAAUCAGGACAGAUUAUGUUUAGCAGUUGCUCAAGAAUUAGAGAAAGAAUUUGGCGGUUGGAUUGCACCAAGUAGCAGGAAAACGACAUUUUUCCCCCAAUGACGAAUCAUAAUUUUAUGCGCAAGAAUAUUGAUUUGACAAAUAAUAAACUUGAUGGAAAAAUAUGAAUGAAUAUGCAAGUUCGAGAGAAUAUAAAAAUAGGAAGGAAUUUAAU